AUGGAGUUUUCUCAGUCAAGUAUACCAUCCGUGCAGGAUCUCCUGCGUUCCGGGGGGCUGUUUGUGCCAUUUUCCGAGUUUCCGGUUCAGGCCAUCUAUGAAACCCCUGGCUGGUUUGAAAAGAAGCUACAGGAAGGAAAGCCGUUCGUGAUUCGUGGACUAAAUCAAACUGAUCGCUGGGACGCAUCAACUUUGAACAAUGGGUGCCUGGUUACAUCAUCUUCCUCGGGAGUAAGGAACUGUCAGACUGGUCGCGAUGUUAGGAUGCGGCUUCGUGAUCUGAUACCAACGGACCACACUCGUGCUGGUCACGCUCGGGAAUCGCUCUACGCGAAAGACCUUCAAUGUCCUGUCGAGUGGAUCAGAGCGUUGAAGGCCGUCUUGCCUUCUUGUUUAAUGCAACUAGGCUCGUUCGACUUGUUCCGAGUAUUACCAAAGGAAAUCACGCCCGAAGUGUUGAUGGCUUACGUUGGAACACAGUUGUCCUUGUCCGGUUUCCACAGAUGUUUUAGUGGAACAGUUGCACUUAAUCUGAUGAUCGAGUCUGAAGAAAGCCGAUAUGGAUCAUUGUGCUUUGGCACAGAUCAACGCUCACAGGAAAAGUAUGACGCGUUUAUGGAAGGGCUUGGAAAGUCAUCCCACACUGAUUGGGCCAAUAUCUCCAUCGCGCAAAUGGAAUCUGCUAAUUUCCCGAUAUACGUCACUCAUCAAGAGCCUGGGGACUUGGUGAUAUUUCCUUCAGCAACUGCUCAUCAAAUAUGGAAUGUCAGCCCCAUGGUGACGAAAGUGGUUUGGAACAUCCUGCAUGCAUCCUCGAUUCCAUCAUUUUUUGAUUAUAUCCAGCCUGUAUAUCAAAAGCAAUGCUAUGCAGACACAGGCCGAGUUCCCUUGAUACCAAUACAUGCACUCCGCGACAGCAGUCACAACCCAGAAGAGACGAAACUGCUUGUAGAUAUGCUUCAACAGCUAGUCGAUGACGAGGAUACUGGGUGUGACUCAUCUGUGCCUAUUAAACUUGUGGAUACACAAGGAGCUGUGGUGGAAUGUAACUUUUGCGGAUUGACGAUCUGGAACCGACACUUACACUGCGAACAGUGUGGAGAUUUUGACCUCUGUCUAACAUGUUACGUAUCCGGAAGGAGUUGCAAGCAUGUUGGUGACUAUACUUGGGCUGAGCUAUUCCGGAGCGAAUAUUGCCGAACCCUCAUCAAGACUACUCGAGAUAGAUUAGGCGGCUAUUCCCCCUCAGACACAGUACGACCGAAACGAAAGACUUUGGGCGCCAUGGCUCUGGUAGCAGCGGAAGCGCGACGACAAUCCUCACGCAUCGCCACAAAACACUUUGGACCUCGGGGACAGAAACGACAUAGGCUGCCAAACGACGAUGGUCACGAAAGGUCGCUACACGAAGCUAUACAUUCCUCCUCGGAGAGUGUUGAGCCCGCUCAGAAUAGAAGGUCGGAUAUCGUUGCAGAUGCUGAUGUUCCCCCUGGCCUUCCCAUGCGUGGCAGUUCGACAGGGUCUUUCAAUUCAAAAGGGCAGCUCCGCAUCAGUGAUCUCGUGGAGGACAGAAGCUCCCCGGACAAAAGUUUCCAUCACAGUCGGCAUGUAGAGGCUCACAUCCCGCUCUCUUCUACACCAAAAAAUACCCCUUACCGAUAUCCUCAUGAACCCAACAAUCACAUCGCUAACGCCCCGAAUCCCAUUGAUGAGGAAAACAUCCCCUCUCUUGAAAGGAAGCUAGGCGCUCUGCGCCAAUACGCGGACGGCCUGCUUGAGCUGUCUCUGAUCGAUUCACAUGCCAAAGUCCUUGACAAGAUCUCGGAUAUAGAAGCUCAAAUUGAGCGGAAAAGGCGACAGAAGGCCGAGUUGCUUUUCAGUGGCUUGAACCGAGAUUUUCCUGACUUGGCAGAUAUGGCUAUGGAAGAGGCACGACGGCGGGGGAUUUGA